CAGUGAUUGAUCGAUCGCCUCGAAAUACUUCUUCUAGUGAUCCCGUCCCGCAAGAAGAUCACGAUUUCUAAGAUCGGCAUCCGACAUGGGAGGAUCAGCUGCCUCCGAUUCAUGGCGUGAGCAAAGCAGCGCCGGAUCGCGACCGAGCAGCGUCAUCAUUUUCGUCUGCCGCAUUGAUUGCCGCACUGGCCCCAGCGAUUCCCGAUUCCCCGGCAACCAAGAACUGGAAGAGGGCUUACACUGCAAUCAAGAGGCUCAUGAAUAUAAAAAGAAAGGCGAGGCGGACUGCUGUCGGGACUGGAGCAAGAAUGGAGGGCACUGCGCUUGGAAUUUGGAGCCUCUACAGCCCGUCACGCUUAUACAUUUUCAGGCUUCUCUACAAUCAGAGAGCCGAGCACGAACGAUGGACACACGUCCGGAGUUUCAACAUCGAUUUCCUGGACGGGCUCAUCACGGCGCUUUAUACGAAUGAAAUGGUUUUACGAAUUUCGGCUCUUGGCUUUAUCAAAGGUCGUCACUGCUGCAUGCGGAAUCCGUACAAUAGGCUCGACGUUCGGGGCCUGCUAGCGUUGAAGCACGUCACAUUUUUUGCCGAUGGCAUAGUAUGGUUUGUAAAUUUCCUUUUGGCUGA